AUGUCUUCUCCAGCUCAGAUUCCGCUCUCCAACCAGGAAUCCAGCGGCGGCGCAACCCAAGCUUCCGUAGUCGCCGCCGUCCGGUCCUUCGUCGCCCGGCUCUACGGCGCAAUCGGCAAUUCGCUCUCCCACCGCCGCCCAUGGACGGAGCUCAUCGACCGCUCCGCCUUCUCCAGGCCCGGUUCUCUCUCGGAAGCCACCACCAGGAUCAGGAAGAACUACUCCUACUUCCGCGUCAACUACACGACUCUGCUCGCACUCGUCCUCGCCGUCUCCCUAAUCUCCCACCCGUUCUCCCUCCUCACCCUCCUCUCCCUCCUCGCCGCCUGGCUCUUCCUCUACACCUUCCGCCCCUCCGACCAGCCCCUGGUGGUGAUGGGCCGGACCUUCUCGGACCGGGAAACCCUCGGGAUCUUGAUGCUCGUGACCGUGGUCGUCGUCUUCCUGACAAGCGUGGGGUCGCUGCUCAUCUCGGCGACCAUGGUCGGCGUGGCGAUUGUGUGCGUCCACGGCGCGUUUAGGGAUCCGGAAGACUUGUUCAUGGAUGAUCAGGAGGGAGCUGGGGCCGGACUGUUCUCGUUCAUCGGAGGGUCGGCGUCUGCUGCCGCCGCUGGGAGCAGCAUGAUGUCGCGCGUGUGA